AUGGAGUCUGGGCUUGUAUCUUCUUCUACUUCUUCGGGAUUGGACCUGGAGGAUGGAUUUCAUGAUGCUGGCACGAGAUGUGCGACGACUAUCGAUUUAAUGAACGAUACGGGAUCAUUGCCUACUGGAGAUGGCUAUGAUCAUGGGUCAGUCCUGUUCCCGAGUAUCGGUACUACGGAUCUUCUCUCGCAGGGCUAUCCACGUCCACAAGACAGCGACAUGUGCCUCGAGAAGAUGUCGGUCAAGGUGUCGUCGAGCUUGCGAUCGUCGUCCUCGACCUCGCCUACAGUCCACUCUGGUGCGAGGGUGACACCAGCUUCUUCAUCUGUUCCCUCGCGCAAGCGCACGAGCUCUCCGGACUCGGUCGGCGAAGCCGGCAGCCAGAAUGUCAAGCGUCAACGCAAUACAGAAGCUGCGAGGAGGUAUCGACAGAAGAAGGUCGAUCGGGUGUCUGAACUUGAAGAAGCGCUUGCUGAGAUGACGAGGGAGCGAGAUGAGCUUCGAUUGCGGCUUGCGAAGUCGGACGGUGAGGUUAGUGUUCUGCGUGGUAUGGUUGGGAAGGGAUGA